CAAAACCAUAAUCUAUUAUCAAAUGUUUUAAUAAAUAACAGAAAUGAUGAUGAUUUGAGGUGUUGAUAUUUUGCCCAAUCCAGCAUUCGAAUUUUUGUAUUAAAAUACAACUAUAUGCGGCAAUAUGCACAAAACUAUUUUAACGAUUCAAAUUUCGAAACCCCUUUCGGAGAUCCGAAGGUUUACGUCUCAAAAGACCUCAAAGAAGACCCCUCGGUUUUUCCGAACCGACACCAAACUGAACAGCUUUUUCAAAGCCAUUAUUAUCAAAUUAUCAACUUUCUUUCAUUAACGCCAAUACUAAUCAUCAAGUGUCACAUACUCCAGAUAUUUACAAGAAAUGAUUGAUGGGAAAUAUUUUACAAAGGUCAAAGCCACAGAUCUAAGGGUUGAGCUAACUCAAGCAGAUAAAAAGUUGAAAAGCUCAGUCAAUAAAAAAAAGAUUAUUAUGAAAAAAAUCAUUGCUAAUAUUUCACUAAAUAAUAAUGAAAUGAUAAGUUUAAUUCCUGAAGUUUUAAGAUUAUUUGAAAUAAAUGAUUUGCAAUUAAAAAAAAUGUGCACUUUUUAUAUACUAAAUUACUAUACAUAUAAUGAAGAGCUAGUAAUGAAGGCCUUACCGAUAUUUAUUGAUGAUUUAAAUUGCACAAAUCCUUUGUUGAGAGCUUUAUCGAUUAAAACCAUGUCUUCAAUCUCAAUAGAAAAUUAUGCUCAGAGAGUUAUUCCAUAUAUCAAAAAGGCUUUGAAUGACACUGAUCCAUAUGUUAGAAAAACCUCUUGUUUUGCUGUUGCAAAAUUAUUUCAACACAACUCAAGUCUCGUUCAACAGGAAAAUUUGAUUGAAAAAUUAAACACUCUCUUAAAUUCAGACUCAAAUUCAAUAGUAGUAUCAAGUGCAUUAGCUGCUUUAAACGAUAUAACCGAACAUUCAACCACUUUGCAAUUAACUAUUGAUAAAGCUCAUGCGUUUAGUUUAAUGAAAAAUUUAUCGAAAUGUAACGAAUGGUCUCAAGUCAAUAUUUUAAAUUCAAUAUUAUCCUUUACUCCACAAUCUUCAAGUGAUGCAAUAAAUUUAAUUGAAAAUAUUAUUCCGGUUUUACAACAUGAAAAUACUUCAAUUGUGCUCAAUGGAAUUAAAGCAAUAGUCUAUUUAUCUAAUUAUGUGAAAUCUCCUCAAGAUACUGUACCAACAUUACCCAAAAAGAUUGGCAAUUCUUUAGUUUUCUUAUUAACAAAGCCCCCUGAAUUACAAUUUUUAAUCUUGCGAAAUGUUAUCUUAUUGUUACUAUCAAAGCCUUCCUUAAUAUCAUUAGAUGUUACAAUGUUUUUCUGUAAAUUCAACGAUCCAAUAUAUGUCAAAGAUACAAAAUUGGAAAUCAUAUAUCUUUUAGCUAAUUUAGAAAACUUACAAAUUGUUUUAAGAGAAUUGGAAGAAUAUGCUACUGAAAUCGAUACCCAAAUGGCUAGAAAGGCAAUCAGGGCCAUUGGAAAUCUAUCAAUCAAGUUAGAAGAGGCAUCUAUACCAUCUUCGCAGGUCUUAGCUGAUUUGAUUUCUAGUGGUGUUCCACAUAUUGUUCAAGAAUGUGUCAUAGUGGUUAAAAAUAUUUUUCGAAAAUACCCAGGCAGAUUUAAUGAUUUAAUUUUACCUGCUUUAAUUGAUAAAAUUGAUUUGAUUGAAGAAGCGGAGUCUAAAUCAGCAAUGAUUUGGAUAUUAGGUGAAUAUUGUGAAUUUAUUGAUAAUUCGACUUCUUAUCUCGAUGAUUUUGCUUUUGGUUUUGAUGAGGAUAGUUUGGAUGUCAAACUAUCAAUGUUAACUGCAUGUAUUAAACUAUAUCUUAAAUCUGAAUCUUAUCCUAGCAGAUUUGCUAAUAACAAACAAAAAAUAUUAUUAAAAAUUUUGAAAUCCGCAACUGAGAAUACAGAUAAUCCAGAUCUCAGAGAUAGAGCACUUUAUUAUUGGAGAUUAUUAUCGUCACAAGGUAAAUUCCCUGGAACUGGAAACAGAAUAAUGUUGAAAACUUUACCGCAGAUAUCUGCUGAUCAAGAUAAAUUAGAUCCAAUAAUAUUGGAAGAACUAGAGUUAAAUAUUGGUACUUUGGCUAGUAUUUAUCUCAAACCUGUGACUCAAGUUUUUAGGUUAUCCAAGCAGAAAUUACUAAAUGAUAGUCCUGCUUUACAGAAAUCAUAUAACAUACAACUAGAUUUAAAAAAUAAAAAAACCUUACAAAUUCAAGAUAAAAAUCCAUUUUCUCAGCAAAAUUUAGUUGAUAUAACUGAAGAAGAUAAUGAAUCUAAUAAUGAGUUUAAUCUCGGUAAUGGAAAUUCAAGAGUAACUGUUGUUAGUCCAAAGGAUAAGAAAUUUCCUAAAAAUGCAUAUACAACAUAUUUGUAUCCAGAUGGGAGGAAAACUGAUCAAAAUGGAAUUGAUUUAAUCUCACCAACGGUUCCAAAUGGACCUGGAAGUGAAACACGUUUUGCUUCAGACGACCAAUACGACACACAAGAGAUUUCAAAUUCAAGGAAAAGUAUGGAACCUUUGCAAAGAGGUCAAUUGGAUAACUUUGAAAAUAUUUCUGUCAGCAAAAGGCAUUUUGGAAGAAAGAAAACCACGAAGAGCGGAAAUUUUCUUCAUAAAAAUAAGUAUAAAUAA